UAUUAGAGUCUGCAGGUCCUGUAGCUGCAUUAUUAAUGUACUCUACCUCUUGUAGUGAGUGAGGCAGGCUGAUGGUUUAGCAAGACAUCCUUACCCUGCUCACUUGCCUGUGUCUGUGCACCCUAGGCUGUCUGUGCGAGACUUAUCUGGGGACAAACUAACCCAGCAAGUACAGACUGGAUCUAUGUCCCCCUUAUCUGUGAACUGAGAUACAAGAAGCUACUUUUGAUCGAUCACUAAGGAUGAAGUUCAGCCAUUUCUGUUCCCUCCUUCCUCUCCUGCUACUGAGCCGGGCAUCAGCUAACUGCCCAGCACGCUGUGAUGUGUCUAGGUGCCCCAGCCCCAUUUGCCCCAGUGGGUAUGUCCCGGACAAAUGCAACUGCUGCCUGAUUUGUGCUGCGGGGGAAGGCGACUCCUGUGGACGGGAGGGGGAUCCACCGUGCGGGGACAGCCUGCUCUGCAAACCCCCUCCUGGUAUGAGAGGGGUGAAGGGGACCUGCCAGUGUAAGCACAACUACAAAGUAUGUGCCAACGAUGGGAUAACCUAUGACAACUUGUGCCAGCUGAAGGUGUCCAGCCGUCGAGCUCUGCAGCAGGGGCUCCCCCCGGUGGUGCAGGUGCAGAAGGGAGCCUGCCAAUCGGGUCACCAACAUCCUAACAGUCCAAGAUAUAAAUUUAACUUCAUUGCUGAUGUGGUCGAAAAGAUUGCUCCUGCCGUGGUGCACAUUGAACUUUUUUUAAGACAUCCUUUAUUUGGCCGACAAGUUCCUUUGUCCAGUGGAUCUGGGUUCAUCAUAUCAGAUUUGGGUUUGAUUGUAACCAAUGCACAUGUGGUAUCAAGCAGUAAUGUAGUAUCCGGACGUCAGCAGUUAAAAGUACAGCUGCACAAUGGAGCUACCUAUGAGGCAACAAUUAAAGAUAUUGAUAAGAAAUCAGACAUUGCAACUAUAAAGAUCAACCCUCGUAAGAAGUUGCAAGUCCUGCUGCUCGGACAUUCAGCAGAUCUGAGGCCUGGAGAAUUUGUAGUCGCCAUUGGAAGCCCGUUUGCCUUGCAAAAUACUGUUACAACAGGGAUUGUCAGUACUGCCCAGAGGGAUGGGAAGGAACUUGGCUUAAGAGAUUCUGAUAUGGAUUACGUUCAAACAGAUGCCAUUAUUAACUAUGGGAACUCUGGAGGUCCUUUGGUUAAUUUGGAUGGAGAAGUAAUUGGAAUUAACACACUCAAAGUUGCAGCUGGGAUUUCCUUUGCAAUUCCUUCUGAUCGUAUCACAAAGUUCAUGACAGAUUCGUAUGACAAAAAAAUUAAAGAUGGCAAAAAGCGUUUUAUUGGAAUAAAGAUGCUGACAAUAACUCCUAGUCUUGUUGAAGAAUUAAAACUGAACCAUCCUGACUUUCCUGAUGUUACCAGUGGAAUUUAUGUUCAUGAAAUAAUUCCAAAUUCCCCAUCUGAGAGAGGUGGAAUAAAAGAUGGUGAUAUCAUUGUGAAAGUCAAUGGACGUCCACUAAUCACUUCUAGUGAUCUGCAUGAAGCAGUGAUGAACGAAUCGCCUUUAUUACUUGAAGUUCGAAGAGGAAAUGAUGACCUUCUUUUUAACAUAGAACCUGAAGUUUCCAUGUAACUAAAAAAACAAGACUUCCAAAUUGGAACAAUGUUCUUUAAGACAUCAUCACUAGCGUAAAACAGAAGUAAUGAGUUUGGAAAUCACAUAAAUGCACUUGGAAAACAUUCAGUACAGCUUUUGUUGAAGAUUAAGUUCAUUUUUCCAACUUCCAAAUGUUAUUCUGUUUCCAAACUUGCUUUACUACUUUCAGAGUAACUUUGUUUGUAUUAUGAAAAAGUAUGUUUCAAUUUCUUCUCAACAUAAAUGCAGUUGUUAUAUCUUUAAUGAAUUCAAAAGCUUAACAAUACCUCCUUUUUAAUCAUAUGUCCAAAUGAGUCUUUUUUUCCAAUUUGGAUUAGACCUCAUUUCUUGAACCAUGACAGUACUGUUUGUAAUAGUGUAUAAAAACCUGCAGGCCAGUUUUAAAAUAAAUAUCUUGAUGUGUUACGGACAUAAAGACAAUUGAGGAACACAAUAAAAAAAUCUGCUGUAAAUGUGUAUCCUUAAGCGAAUACCAAAAGAAAAAUUAUAUAUGAAAAAGUAUACUUGCAAUAUGUAAAUGGUACUUAAAAAUAUAAAUUUAAUGAAAAAAAUAUAGAUUUAGGAGUUAUUCCAUAGUUACACACAAACUAAUUGCACUUCAUCUGUAAUCAAAAUAUGUAUACUUAAAAAUCAUAUGGAAACUUGCAGUUGUUAAACAUGGGGUGCUUUAUUCAAAUUAAGGGGACAUUAAAAAUGUUAUCUUGUAUAGUAAAGGCAGCAUUUACACGUCAAAAAUAUUUUUAUGUCAAAGUGGAAUGUUAAUUAAAGGGACUGUGAAGUCAAAAUUAUGAUUCUGAAAGAGCAUGCAAUUUAAAUUUUUUUUUCCAGUUUACCUCCAUUGUGCAGUGUUUUAUGUGCACAUGAGUCUGCGAUUGGCUGAUGGCUGUCACACAAUAUAGGGGACAGGAAAAGGAAAGGAAAUUGAAAUUUGUCAAAAAAUCUACUACUCAUUUGAAAUUCAGUGUGAUUGCAAUGCCAUUUUUUUAUGCAUUUGUUGGUUAUGCAGUUUCACUGUCUUCAUUUGUCCUUUAUGUAAAAUGUACUUAAAUUUAAACAAAUACUACAGUUUUGGUUUUGUACCACUAUGGUUCAAACCUAACACUAUUUAUUGGUGGAGAGGAAAAUGUUUUGAAAUGCCUUCUGUUAGUUUUUACAAAGAAACAAACUUGACUACAGUGUCCCUUUUAAACUAAAACACUAAAUCAAUUUCAUGCACCACCCUCUAAUCAUGUGUGGUGCCAUAUUGUAACCUAGGUAACACUGAUCUGAAGGAGAGUUACUGCAAAUGUGCAAGUAUGUCAGCUUCUAACAUGUAUUUAGUGUUUAAUAUCCCUUUAAGCUUGUGGUGAGAAAGUGCUUAUAGAGCCAAGAGGUGCCCUGGAAUCACUAAUAUUCAUCCAUAAUGUACUAUUACAUUUAUUAUGAAUCAGUCUUUUUAUAUCAAAUAUUUGGAAAUCUACUCUUUUUUAAUUAUCUACAAAGGAUGUAUAUUUAAAUAACAUAAAAUACCUUUUAGGGAAAAUAUAUCUAAGCUUUUAAAAUGUUGACUUCAUUCUCUAACAUAUGCUCGGUUUAGUGCUAGUCUCCCUUAUUUGUUUUUCUAAAAUAGUCUUACUUUGUCCAGAGGUCCAGCUGUACGUUGUGCCUUACAUCACAGCUAUUUUUGCAUACAUAUUUCUGUACUGCAGCAGUAAAGGAUUAUGCAUCACUUAUGAUUUAUGAAAAAACAAAUAUUUGAAAUGUUAUAAAUCUUCUAUUUUGUAUAUGGCACAAUGGGGUAGAUUUAUCAUAUGUCGCGUGGCCAUGAUUCUAGCAAAUCAUGUCCGCCCUACUGCGUUGAAUGCCGACAGCAUACGCUGCCGGCAUUUAUCAUUGCACAAGCAUUUCUGGUGAAAUGCUUGUGCAAUGGCGCCCCCUGCACAUUCGCAGCCAAUCCGCCGCUAGCAGGGGGUGUCAAUCAUCCCAAUCGGAUCAGGAUGAUUGCUGUCCGGCACCUAAAAGGUGGCGGACAUGUUAAGGAGGAGCGGUCUUGUUACUGCUGCUCCUUAACUUAGGUUUCAGGCGAAUGUAUGAAAGUUUACUAUUCCUUGUUUGAUGAGGUAUUUUGGUUACCAACUUCUGACUUUUUUUCAAUGAGCUGUAGAUUUGUAGAACAGAUUUUGUUUUCAAUAUAUGAAUUUACAGUUGGGCAUCAUCAAACAUUCUGUUGUUAUUGAGAUUCAGCAUCAUAUUGCUCUAUUCUCUUAGACAUUCCAGGGAACAGUUUAUAAAAUGUUUUUAACGGACGCUAAUAUUAUGACUUAAAGGGAUACAGAAUACAAAUUUUUUUCUUUCAUGAUUCAGAUAGAGCAUGGAGUUUUAAGACAUUUUUUUUUUACUCCUAUUAAAUGUAGCCACCAAUCAGCAAGUGCUAUCCAGGGUUCUGAACCAAAAAUGGACUGGCUUGUAAGUUUACAUUCCUGCUUUUUCAAAUAAAGAUACCAAGAGAACAAAUAAAAUUGAUAAUAGGAGUAAAUUAGAAAGUUGCAUAAAAUUGCAUGCUCUGAAUCAUGAAUGAAAAAAUGUGGGUUCAGUGUCCCUUUAUUUCAGGAUUAUACACAUCAAAAUGUAUUUUAUACAUUUUAUUUUUUAAAUAUGUCUUGCAUUGUAUUAAUAGUCUCCCCGUUUAACUUUUUUUUCUGGUGGUUAAUUUCAAAGCCAGGUAUUGAAGUAGGCUCUUGUGACUUUUAACACACACAUUAGGCCAGACCUUGCACUGAAUUUAGCUGCCGUAAUCUUGCUUUAGUAAGAGGCUAAUAUUGCAGGAUAGUAUACGUAGAUAAUGAUAAAGAUGACAUCAUAACUAUCUCUCGUCAUCUCUGGGAAGCAUAUGCGCUUCGUCUGCAGAGAUUCUGGAAGUUUAACUCUACACAUAUGCUGGUCUGAUGCAUGCUGCUGCGGUCUUUGUGCUUCAGAUCAUGCCUAUGGGGCCCAUUUAUCAAGCUCUGUAUGGAGCUUGAAGGGCCGUGUUUCUGGUGAGUCUUCAGACUGUUGCUCCAUAACCUGUCCGCCUGCUCUGAGGAGGCGGACAGAGAUCGCGGGAAAUCUACCCGAUGAAAUACGAUUGGGUUGAUUGACACCCCCUGCUAGCAGUCGAUUGGCCUUGAAUCUGCAGGGGGCGGCGUUGCACCAGCAGUUCGCAAGAGCAGCUGGUGCAAUGCUGAACUCCUUAUUCAGCGAUGUCUGUCGGACAUGAUCCGCUGAUCGAUCAUGUCGGACAGAUAUUUGUUAAAUAGACCCCUUUGUCUGAGAUCUGAUUGGCAUCCAGUGCAAAGGCAAAUGGGGGCGAAAUGUGUAAUAUAUUUAUAGAGUACAUUUUACAACAAAGUCAUAUUUUAAUGAAAAUAUAUUACAAAUGUUUAAAAUAAAACUAUAAUGUAGGAAAGUAGUUUAUGAAGUGUGUGCAUAUAUAUUGAUGUUAUAAAUUGGUUCUAUAACGUAUAGUGAGGGGGAGGUGAGCACAGACGCAUGGCCUGGAACUUAAACCACCAUUUUCUCUCUGAAAAGAUGCACAUUCCCUCUGAAUUAACACAUAGUAUCCCUAGGCAUUUUUUAGGGAGUUAGACCUAAUGAAUUUGGCUUAGCUCAAUUGCACAACCUGCCAAGGAUAUGGGUUAGGUCAGCUUCACAAUAAAGGGAACUUAUUUAAAGCAUUUUAUUUUGUAAUUCAAACACGGAUGCACCAUCGUGGGAAUAUCCAUUUAAGGGUUAGAUUACACGUGAGGAGCAAACGGUUUUGCGCUAGCGCAAUCGUGUUUUUGCAAGCCAUUUUCAUUUUUCUGAUAUUACAAGUGGAGCUUCAAUCCUUAAAGGGACAUUAAACACUUUGAGAUGGUAACAUAAAAUGAUAAAUUAUAUAUAUAAAACAACUCUGCAAUAUACUUUCAUUAUUUAUUUUGUCCUCUGUGUCUGUAAUGCCAUUCUGAAAUUGUGAGCUUUUCAGUUCCUGUUAGAAAUGGAAGUGCAGAACCCUGUUAAAUCCAGCACAACCAUUGGCUGCACACUCUAGUGACCUAUUUAUAACUGACCCUAAUUGGCCACAACAGAGAAGGUAACACAAGUUACAACAUGGCAGCUCCCAGUGUUUUAUAGACACUAAAACUUUACACUUAUUUUGUCACUUUUUAAACAACUAAUGAAACUUUAAAAAAUACAUCUACAUGUUAGUCAUGGACUAAUCUUUUCUUUGAAUGCAUCAUUCUAUCUAGCAUGUAUUUAGUGUUUAAUGUCCCUUUAAGGCAAUCUCAGUGCUGUGGUCAACUGUUUUCCGAAAGAAAAAAGUUGCACACAACACUUCAAAAAUACAUUAUAAAGUACAGUUACACUCCUAAUAACACAAUCUAAUAAAAAAUGAUUUAAAAAUAAUAUUGCACAAAAGAGUUAUAAGGACUUAAGGCAGGCAAAUGGCUUUAACAUUGAGACAUAUACAUUUCUAAAGAUGUAUUUGUAUGUAUAUAUAUAUAUGUGUGUGUGUACAUAUAUAUUAAUGUAUUACACAUAUAAAAACAUUAAUAUAUAUGUACACAUAUAUAAGUGCAUUAUAUCCCUUUGCCAUUAAGUAUAUGAAAACAUGAUAAAACAUAUUUAUGCAAUAUUCAUUUUUAAUAAAGAUUUUAACUUUGUAUUUACUGUAAAUAUUUCACAUUUUCUAAUGCGAAUAUGCUUUAUUGUUUGCGCAAUGGGUUUUUUUUCCAACAAUUUUUUUUCUCCAUUGACUUCUAUGGAAAAUGUGAAAAUGCAAUGGCACUUGUCUGAUCUUGGGUAUAAGGGUUUUUUUUGCCACUUUUUUUCUCUCCAUUGAUUUCUAUAAGGGAAUACAUGCACGCAAAAAAUUAAGUUCAUUUUUUUCAGGCUAUUUCAAGCCCCGUGUUUCUGGCGAGCCUUCAAGCUCGUAAGAAACACAAGUUAUGAAGCAACGGUCUAAAGACCGCUGCUUCAUAACCUGUCCGCCUGCUCUGAGACAGCGGACAAACAAUACGAUCGAGUUGAUUCACACCCCCUGCUGGGGCCGAUUGGCCGCUAAUCUGCAGGGGGUGGCGUUAAACCAGCAGUUCACAAGAACUGCUGGUGCAGUGAUAAAUGCAGAUUGAUGAAAGACACGAGAGUGCGGCGUUCCUGGCAGCGUCUGCGGACUCGGCAAGACAACCGGAAGUGACGCCGGUUUCAGUGUAGUCUUUCCAUAGGGAGCCAACGGAGUGCCGUAGCAGUGGCGAAACCCAGCCACUAUGUAGGUGCAGGAAAAUGAAGAAAUGCAGGCACUGCUGAGGAUAUCUUAAAACGGUAAAUCUUUAUUAGAGUAGCAAUUAAAAAGUGAACAGCUACAACCGCUGUAAAGAUAGCAGGAAAAGGUACAAAACCGGCAAGGCUGGGGAGAAAAAUAGACACAGAAAAAUGCAGAUUGUGUAUGCUGUCGGCAUUUAUCGAUGUGCGGUGGACAUGAUCCACAAUAUCGGAUCAUGUCCGCUCACACAUUAAUAAAAAGGUCCCUUAGUCUUUAAAAUAUGCCAAAGUUGAAAAUGUAUCCUUAACUUUUUGUGAACGCUUCAAAGCACCAUUUCCUUCCUUUCCUCUGCCCUCCAAAUGCACAGUCCUGUGUCUUACACACAUAUCUAGCUGCAAUAUGGAUGGCUACAUAUGGACUGCUGUGAAAAGUGUUAGAUACAGUAGUGGUGCAUUUGCUGCUUAUUCAAGAAGCUAAGAAGACUUUUAUGCCCCUUUAAGGGUAAGUAAGUGCAUGUAAUGGUUUCACUCACCUUUAAUAGUUCAUGGUAUCUCUUGAUGUAACCCAAAUUAUUUGACAAAAUAAUGGUUUACCUUAGCAAAAGCUGGUCACAAAAUAUGGUUCUGUCAGACAUCUCAAUGAUAUUGGUAGGUGCUGUUACUUUGUAUAUUGAGAACUAUUUCACAAUAUUUUAUAAGUUACUAUUAAUUUAGCUUCCCAAGAAACCAAUAAUUUAGCACACAGCACAUUUGUUGAUUUUCUAAUAGUUUACAUAGGUUUAUAAAUGAAAAUAAAUGUUUUUGACAGUAGGCAUUUGAAAAUAUCAGAAUCUAAUAAAUCUGAUAAAUAUCAAACGAUUCUUAUAGAAUUAAUGCCUUAUAUAGAUUAAAAAGGUAAAAAAAAAGUAGUAAGCAAUUUUAUAUUUUGUGCAAGUAGAGAAAUCUGUGUUGUUAUCACUACAUGAAUAAGGCCUGCGUGUUAUGUGUCUGACAGAACUAAUAAUAUGUAUUUACUUGUACUGUAAAUAUUUCUGCAGAAAAAAUAAAGUUUAUGUAUAAAA